UGGAGCUCGAGCAUCCUUACCAAAGACAGGGAGACAACAGAGCCAUUUUGACGGCUUUGAGGUGUGGAAACCAUUCAAACAACCGGCCGUCCUUCCUUCUUGGGUCCCCACUGGCUAGGCAGGGCAGAGGGGGUGGGUUGGUGGGUACAAUACGCCUUCGGCGGUAACUGCCCUUUCAGUUUUCAUGGAGAGGAGAGGCUAUUAGCAGGGGCAGUGCCAGACCUGGAGGAGACCAACGGAGGUGGGAGAAGCUAGGGAGCUGGAUAAUAAAGCAGGCGAGCAACACAAACGCGAGACGUUAUUGACACUGCGAAGACCUGCAGUCCCUACACCUGGGCACUAACAAAGGCACCCCAAGGUGCUAGGAAGAAAGCACCAUGGCAGGGGCCUCUGUGAAGGUGGCGGUGCGUGUCCGCCCCUUCAAUUCAAGGGAGAUGGGAAAAGAAAGCAAAUGCAUUAUCCAGAUGUCUGGAAACACCACCACCAUCAUCAACCCCAAGCAGGCCAAAGACAACAAGAGCUUCAACUUUGAUUACUCCUACUGGUCCCACACCUCGCCCGAGGAUGUCAAUUAUGCUUCUCAGAUGCAAGUAUACAAAGACAUCGGAGAGGAAAUGUUGCUGCACGCCUUUGAGGGCUACAACGUCUGCAUCUUUGCUUAUGGUCAGACAGGCGCUGGCAAGUCCUACACCAUGAUGGGGAAACAGGAUGUCAAGGACCAACAAGGAAUCAUUCCCCUGCUGUGUGAAGACCUUUUCACUAAGAUCAAUGACAAUACAGACAACAGCAUGUCUUAUUCUGUGGAGGUAAGCUACAUGGAAAUCUACUGUGAACGUGUGCGGGACUUACUGAACCCCAAAAAUAAAGGGAACCUGCGUGUUCGAGAACAUCCUCUGAUGGGGCCUUAUGUGGAGGACCUGUCUAAGCUGGCUGUCACCUCCUACAAUGACAUCCAGGACCUGAUGGACUCUGGCAACAAGGCCAGGACUGUGGCUGCCACCAACAUGAAUGAGACAAGCAGUCGCUCGCAUGCUGUCUUUAACAUUAUAUUCACUCAGAAACGCCAUGAUGCUGAGACUGAUAACACCUCUGAAAAGGUCAGCAAAAUAAGUUUGGUGGAUUUGGCGGGAAGUGAGAGGGCUGAUUCUACUGGAGCCAAAGGGACCAGGCUUAAGGAAGGAGCAAAUAUCAACAAAUCUCUAACUACACUGGGGAAAGUCAUCUCUGCUUUGGCAGAAGUGGACUCUGGGUCGAAUAAGAAUAAAAAGAAGAAGAAAGUGGAAAGCCACAUCCCCUACAGAGAUUCGGUUCUCACCUGGUUACUGAGAGAAAAUUUGGGGGGGAAUUCUCGUACUGCGAUGGUGGCUGCCCUGAGUCCAGCUGACAUCAACUACGAUGAGACCCUCAGCACACUCAGGUAUGCAGACCGCGCCAAACAGAUUCGCUGUAACGCUGUGAUCAACGAGGACCCCAACAACCGACUGGUUCGCGAGCUGAAGGAGGAGGUGUCUCGUCUGAAAGAUCUCCUCUAUGCCCAGGGCCUGGGUGACAUCAUUGAGACAUAUCGAACAUCUGGUGCUGAUAUAGAGGGUUUGAAAUACCUAUCCGAUUACACGAACAAUAACAAUAAAGGCCAAGCUGUGAAUCAAAAGGAUGAUCUCUCCACAGUGACCAAUGCCAUGACAGGGAUGAGUCCCUCUCCGUCUCUCUCAGCCUUGUCCAGCCGCGCAGGAUCCAUUGCCAGCCUGCAUGACCGCAUCAUGUUCAGCCCAGGCAGCGAAGAGGCCAUCGAGAGACUGAAGGAAACAGAGAAAAUCAUUGCUGAACUCAAUGAGACUUGGGAAGAGAAACUUCGCAGAACAGAAGCUAUUAGAAUGGAAAGAGAGGCCUUGCUGGCAGAAAUGGGUGUAGCAAUGCGAGAAGAUGGUGGGACAGUUGGUGUGUUCUCUCCUAAGAAGACACCUCAUCUGGUGAACCUCAACGAGGAUCCCUUGAUGUCUGAGUGCCUGCUGUACUACAUUAAAGAUGGGAUCACCAGGGUAGGUCGUGUAGACGCCAGCAGUCGUCAGGAUAUAGUCCUCAGUGGCCAUUUCAUUAAGGAUGAGCACUGCACCUUUACCAGUUCUACAGGUCCAAUGGGAGAAACGGUUGUCCUAGAGCCUUGUGAAGAGGCUGAGACUUAUGUCAACGGAAAGAGAGUGACUGAGCCCACUAUCCUCAAAUCAGGAAAUCGCAUCAUCCUGGGGAAGAGCCAUGUGUUUCGGUUCAACCACCCAGUGCAGGCCAGGGCUGAGAGGGAGAGGACCCCAUGUGCUGAAACCCCUGCUGAGCCCGUGGACUGGGCUUUCGCCCAGAGGGAGCUGCUGGACAAACAGGGCAUUGACAUGAAACAGGAAAUGGAACAGAGGCUGCAGGAGUUGGAGGACCAGUAUCGCAAAGAAAGAGAGGAGGCCAACAACCUUCUGGAGCAGCAAAGACUGGAUUAUGAGAGCAAGCUGGAGGCUCUUCAGAAGCAAGUGGACCGUUACUACCCAGAAGCCACUGAAGAAGAGGAAGAGCCAGAAGAAGAAGUGCAAUGGACAGAGAGGGAAAGAGAGCUGGCUGUGUGGGGCUUUCGUAAGUGGCGGAGCUACCAGUUCACCUCUCUCCGUGACCUGUUAUGGGGAAAUGCCAUCUUCCUUAAGGAGGCCAAUGCUAUCAGUGUGGAACUCAAGAAGAAGGUCCAGUUCCAGUUUGUGCUGCUCACAGACACUCUUUACUCCCCGCUGCCUCCAGACCUGUUGCCCCCAGAGGCAACUAAGGACAGAGAGAUACGACACUUCCCACGCACCAUUGUGGCCGUGGAGGUGCAGGAUCAGAAAAAUGGAGCCACCCACUACUGGACAUUAGAAAAACUAAGGCAGAGGCUCGAUCUCAUGAGAGAGAUGUACGAUCGCGCUGCUGAUGUGCCCAACAAUACCACUGAAGACUGUGAAAAUGUGAUGACCGGAGGGGACCCCUUUUAUGACCGCUUCCCCUGGUUCCGUCUGGUUGGCAGAAACCCCAUUUUCAACACAUGCAUGAGCGAGCGCAUGAGUGACCCUACCCCAUCCCCGACCCUCUCUGAAAUUACUGAGCUGGCUGACCCGCAGCGGGAGGGUCGCGGGGAGGAGGAAUUGGAGGAGUUGGAGGAGUUGGAGGACCUGGAUGAUGAUAUCUUUUUGGACGACCCGUGCUUGGAGCUCGGGGGAGAGGAUGAUGAUGAUAUUGAUGAUGAUGAUGAUGAUGAUGAUGAUGAUGAUGAGGGAGAGCUCUGCCGAGGCUCCAGCGAAGGCCAGGAUCCCUUUUACGACCGCUCACCAUUAUUCAGUGUAGUGGGAAGGGCUUUUGUUUAUCUGAGUAACCUGCUUUACCCGGUUCCUCUCGUUCACCGCGUGGCGAUCGUUAGCGAGAAGGGAGAAGUGAAGGGCUUCCUCCGAGUAGCGGUGCAAGCCAUAUCAGCUGAUGAGGAAGCUCCUGACUACGGCUCAGGUGUGAGGCAGUCAGGCACUGCCAAAAUCUCAUUUGAGGAUCAGCAAUAUGAAAAGUUCCAGUCCGAGUCGUGCUCUGUAGGACUGUCACGUACAGGGGUUUCCCAGGAGGAGCUUCGUUUUGUGGAGGGGGAGGGGCAGAACGCAGAAGUGGGACCCUCAGCUGAUGAGGUCAACAACAACACAUGUGCGGCUGGUGCAGAUGAGCUGGAGAAUCCGCUGAAGGCCGGUGUGGACGGCCCGUUUGACGCAUCUCUAGAGCACCUGAGGAUCGGUAAUGUUUUUACCUUCAGGGUGACUGUCCUGCAAGCCUCCAGCAUCUCUGCAGAAUAUGCUGACAUCUUCUGCCAGUUCAAUUUCAUCCACCGUCAUGAUGAGGCCUUCUCUACUGAGCCCCUAAAAAACACAGGCCGCGGCCCCCCUCUAGGCUUCUACCAUGUGCAGAAUAUUGCUGUUGAAGUUACUAAAUCCUUUGUUGACUACAUCAAAACCCAGCCAAUUGUGUUUGAGGUGUUUGGACACUACCAGAAACAGCCUUUUCUUCCACUCUGUAAAGACGUCAUCAGUCCACUACGUCCCUGCAGAAGACAGUUCCCACGAGUGAUGCCUCUGUCCAAACCAGUUGACUCUGAGGCCUCGCCGGACCGGGAGAAAUCGCUGGAGCUGAUCCGAUACCUGGUCCCAGAUGUGUUCAAUGGGGCGCUGGUGGACUCGUUGUCAGGCCACGCUCUGUCGGCUGCUGGCUUGGCUGCUUCCUUCCUACUGGAAGGAAACGAGCAGGCUCAGCUGACAGCUCCACCCACCUCUAUCUGUUCAGUUAUUAAAGCUCAGAAGCCGGUACCUGCCACCAAACUGACUGCUAUGACCCGCCCGCAGGCAGGACCCUGCCACUGCAAAUAUGAUCUCAUGGUAUUCUUUGAAAUCUGCGAGCUGGAGGCCAAUGGAGACUACAUCCCUGCAGUGGUGGACCACAGAGGAGGAAUGCCUUGCCACGGCACAUUCUUACUGCACCAGGGCCUCCAGAGGAGAAUCACUGUUACCAUUGUACAUGAGUCAGGAGGUGAAAUGGAAUGGAAGGAUAUACGUGAGCUUGUCGUGGGACGUCUCCGCAGCACCCCUGAAGCUGAUGAGACCAUCGUAGACCCCAAUAUUCUCUCUCUCAACAUCUUGUCUGCUGGUUAUGUCAGGCCCAUGCAAGAUGACCGACAGUUUCUUGAUUCGGACAUGCCUAGGACUUUCUACCGCUUCGAGACCGCUUGGGAUAGCUCCAUGCACAACUCCCUGCUACUAAACCGAGUCACUCCAUACGGGGAGAAGAUCUACAUGACCCUCUCUGCCUACUUGGAGAUGGAGAACUGCACCCAGCCCGCAGUCAUAACCAAAGAUAUCUGCAUGGUGUUUUACUCUCGAGACACAAAGCUAUCAGCCUCCCGCUCUAUCCGAAACCUUUUUGGAACUGGAAGCCUGAGGGCAGCAGAUGGAAACCGUGUAACUGGAGUAUAUGAGGUCAGCCUAUGUAACCUGGCAGAUGCAGGAAGCCCAGGUAUGCAGAGGAGACGCAGGCGGGUGCUGGACACCUCAGUGGCCUACGUCCGUGGGGAGGAGAAUCUGGCUGGGUGGAGGCCCCGCAGUGACAGCCUCAUUCUGGACCACCAGUGGGAGCUGGAGAAACUCAGCCUCCUUCAAGAUGUGGAGAAGACCAAACAUUACCUCCUGCUGAGGGAGAAGUUGGAGUCUACCCUGCUCAUGGGCCAGGAGUCCCUGCUGUCCUGUGUCACUGAGGAGCUCAGUGAGUCUCCUCAGCCCCUCGAGGUCGACCAGGAAGUCAGCUCCAGCUCUGAAAUCGCCACUGAGAGGCAGAGGGAGCUCGCUGUCAAGUGUCUGCGCCUGCUCACUCACUCCUUCAACCGAGAAUACGGCCAUGUGUGCGUCAGCGCCAGUGAAAGCAAGAUCUCAGAGAUGUCUGUCACAAUGCUAAGAGACUCCACUUCGAUCUCUGCUCUCAACACAAUCACACCCUCCUCAACAUGCCCCUCGCUGGUUGAGGGUUGCUAUGGCAACGCAGAACUCAGACCCCCUACACCCCGCUCCCGUGCCGUCAGCCCCAGUCCUGACACACAGCAGGACGCAGAGGCCAAGAAGUCCAUCAAUGGAGCAUCUGAAACCAAACCCCGGAGCCGCAAAUUUGUCCCUGAUAUCCAGGAGAUUAGAGUCAGCCCCAUUGUGUCAAAGAAGGGUUACAUACAUUUCUUGGAGCCACACACCAACGGAUGGGUGAAGCGCUAUGUCGUUGUGCGGCGGCCGUACGUCUACAUCUACAACACAGAGAGAGACACUGUGGAGCGGGCUAUCCUCAACCUCUCCUCUGCCCAGGUGGAGUACAGUGAGGACCAGCAGGCAAUGCUGAAGACCCCGAACACAUUUGCUGUGUGUACAGAACAUCGUGGAAUAUUGCUUCAAGCCACUAAUGACAAAGAGAUGCAUGACUGGCUGUAUGCGUUUAAUCCUCUCCUUGCUGGAACUAUAAGGUCAAAGCUGUCAAGAAGACGAGCCGGACAGAUGAGGAUGUGAAACCAGACUCUGAAUAAAAUCUUGGGAAAGAAGGAUAAACGCACAGACUAAAAUGUACAUAGAUCUUUGUCCUUAUCCCUGCCCUUGUGCUGACCCCCUCCCCCCUCCCUCCACAACAGCCACCAACAAUCAUCUUUCCCCUGUACUCCCACAGUUUGUCACUAGUGUCCUCAGCACCAAAAGCGGUGUGAGCUGUCACUGUACUGUACUGGAGUUUAUUCAUAGCAGGACGAAUGAAGAAAAUGGAGUAGCAACAAUUUCUUAUCUCAGAUUACAUACGUAUGGUAAUGUACUGUAGUUGUUGUCAGUGACACAUCAAGCCUUAUACAUUUAUUCCUUAAAAAAAUGCAGUGACAUUAAUUUUUACCUGAAGCUGCCAUGUCAGUGAGGAUCACAUUGCUACAUUUGCAUCAGUAAAUAGACAAACAUGCAGAUUCUUCUCUACUCUACAGCUAUAUACAGUGUCUAAACUGGUCUGCAUACAACGUACAGCUAGAAAAUACACGCAAAAAAAAAAAAAAUGACAGUUGAGUGUAACUCUGUGGAGUAAUUCUCUCUUCUUUCUGGUCUAUAAAUCCUGACAUUGAAUAAUCUGCUUCCUAUUCCUAAAACUUCUUAGAAACUUUAGCACACAGCCUGACAAGGGAAUGGCAUAUCAUCAUAGACUUCAUGUUCUUGUGGCAUUUUGAUCAGUCCAUGUCGUUUUAGCUACUUGUAGGAGCACCGAGCGUAUCUUCAUCCACACAAUACGUAAUCAAAUAUUAUCAAAUUAAUCCUCUCAAUUUAAUCUCAUUCUCUACCUGAAUUUUAUUUCUUUUAAAAUGUGAUAUAUUUAGAUAUUUAACAGCUUUAUUAUUUAUUUCUGCAUGUAUUUAUUUACAAAGACGUUUAUAUUUCUAAAGUAGUACCGUGCAAUUUCUGCACACUGCACUUUUUAAUAUGAGUUCCUUAAAUGUUUGAAUAAUACAACCUUGUCCCCUUGAAGUUAAUGGUAUUUAAACAAUUUAAUAACUUCAUGAUUGGCCACUUUCUUUGUGCUGAAGAUUACUUGAAUAAUACUAUCCUCUUUAAAAUUAGUAUAGACACACCUGACCUUUGAUCCAAUGAACAUACAUCUGAAAAGGUCUGAAUCUGAAUAGAGAAUAUUAAGGUGGUCUGUCCAUCCUCAGCUGCACAAAGCUACCUUAUUAAAUGAUCAAAAGUAUAAACUGUUCCUCACAGUACAGAAUAAGAAACUGGUUUUCUGAAUGAUAUUUAUAUUGAUUAAAUGUAGUGCCUCUUUUCAAUCAUACUGUACAGUAUGCCUCUGCACCAGUUGCUUUGAAACUUCAUCCUUCAUGCUGCUAUAAAUCUAUUCUGGAAGUGUCUGCAGAUCACAUUACACCACUUUCAUCAUCUGCAUCAUCACUUACAUAUUCAUUAUAAUUUAUGUUAAUGUUACAUAUUUAAUGUGGCAAUCACCUGUCGUAUAGUAUUUCCAUAACACAGAGUGUACUUCAUGUUUAUGUCUUUGAAAACCUAUUUUAACAUAUUUCAGGAUUGUCACAGUAUCAAUUGGCUAUAUGUGUUAAACAAUCAGGCUUUGAAUGGAAAAUAUCAAUGCUGUUGACAGUGUCAAAGUGCAAGCUAAAAGUCUGUACUGUUCUUUUUUUUCUGUUGCAUUUCAUUCAAAUUUACUAUGAAUUUGAAACUGAACCUGUUCAAAGACUAGCGACAGAUCCAGCUUAUGAGAUGUCGUGUGAAAUUUGAUUGAUGAGCAUGCUUCAGGUCAGCCAGCCUGGAGUGCAUACUCAAUGGCAGUAGUGACAUUUCCUACCAGGACAACAUUUCAAAGCAUUAAGCUGCUACACAAGGCAAAGCUUUGUUUUCUUUAAUCUAAUGUCAUUGUACAUUUCAGCAGGGGAUCAAUUAUGACAGAGAUUCGGUAUGUUUUUGCUGUUUAGAUAAUCCAUACAAUACCUUACUCUACUCUAAAUAUAAUAUUUCCUGAGAUUGGAAAGUAUUCUGUGUGUUGUGGACAUAUUUUGAGGUGAUCCAAUCCAAACAUUUUACAGCCCUACAUGUGUGUACAACUGACAGUAGUUGUGUUUAAUCAUCAAUCUGUUCAUGUUUUUUGUUUGUUGUGUAACAAGUUGGAUGAUCAGUGUUAUGAUCAAAACCUGUCACAGACUUUUUUGGCAGAGACUGCAGUUGUAGUUUUUCCAGCUACAGCAUUGUCAUUGAGGGAAUACCCUGCGGUACUGUACAUUACACUGUCUCAAGCACUUCCACAAGCAUUUCUGUCUCAUUUCUUUUAAAACACAAUCUUAAAAUAGAGCCUGGGAUUGCACCAGUCUGAUCUCUAUGUUGAGAUUAUUCCUCUCGUUUUCGUUGGGCCUUUUAAUGUGUGUCACAUUUGAGCCAACCAAAGUUGGUGGAAUCACAAAGAAAUUCACACUGAAUGUACACUGAUAUUUGAAAAUGCUUAUUCUGCUGGAGCGAUUGUGUUGACUUAUCCUCUUGUUUCACAGUCUGGUUCCUUACUGAUUGUACUAUCAGGGAGGGAACCAAACGGAGGUUGUGGGAUAUACCUGUAAUAAUCUGUCCUCUGACGUGUGGGGGAAGGUUGGUCUGUUAUGGCCCUGUUAGGCAUUGCAUCUUGUACAGAGUAAUGCUGUAGGUUACCUUACUGUCACACUUACAUUCUUAUUUCAAUAUCUACCUUCACCAUCAUGCUCUGACAGCCUUCACAAGAUCUACUUUUUCUAAUCUGUACCCUCCCCUUUGAAGGAAUAUCAUUUACAUUUUUGUGCUUCCACAUCUAAUCUUUUUUUUUUUUUUGCACUAUCAAAUUGCACCGGUACGUUUCUUCUUUUUUUUUCAUUUUCAAAUUAUUUUGCAUUGUAUAUAAACAUGAUUGCUGUGAACAGUGUAUUAUAAAGUUGCACCCAUUUCCAAAAUCUUAAAUGGGCAGUAGUUCAGUCAGUGUCUCUGAGUGUUGGAGUUUAGCGUCAGAUGUUUGUGUACACUAAACACAUUGUCAUAUAUUAAAUAAACAUGGAAAUUAUGCAACACAAA